UGCAACUUUCCCAAGUCUGUGCAUGACAGGGAGAGGAGGAAAACUCAGAAGGAACUGGCGUGGUCUCAACAAACUCCUUUUUGCUCCCAAAGGCUUUUCUCUCUGACCUGGCUGAGACUGUUGAUCUAAGAGGAGACCCCUCAGAUUCAGCGAGAACUCCCGCCUGUCCUCAGAGGCCGGAUGCUAAGCGGCCACAGCUGUAAGUGCCUUGGAAGGCUCUGAAGCCCCUCCAUGAAUCCCCGGAAGAAGGUGGAUUUGAAGCUCAUCAUCGUCGGAGCCCUGGGUGUAGGCAAGACCUCCCUCCUCCACCAAUAUGUGCACAAGACCUUUUUUGAGGAUUAUCAGACCACGCUAGGGGCCAGUAUCCUCUCCAAGAUUAUCAUCCUGAAUGACACAACUUUGAAGCUACAGAUCUGGGACACAGGUGGACAGGAGCGAUUCCGCUCCAUGGUGUCCACUUUCUACAAAGGCUCUGAUGGCUGCAUCCUGGCUUUUGAUGUCACUGACCUGGAGUCCUUUGAAGCUCUGAAUACCUGGCGGGGUGAUGUUUUGGCCAAAAUCAUUCCAACUGAGCAGUCCUACCCCAUGGUGGCACUGGGGAACAAGAUUGAUCUGGCAGACCGGCAGGUGCCACAGGAGGUAGCCCAGGACUGGUGUAAAGAGAAGAAUAUUCCCUACUUUGAAGUCAGCGCCAAGAAUGACAUCAACGUGGUACAAGCCUUCGAGAUGCUGGCCAGCCGAGCCCUGUCCAGGUAUCGGAACACAGAGAAUUACCUCACAGACUCCAUCAAGCUCUCGCCCGAGGACCAGACCAGGAGAAGAUGCUGCUGACCUCCAGCCUCCCUCUCUGGACACCAGAGGCUCAGCGUGCCCUGGGCCCGGUCAUCCUGGUCUCCAACGGCUGCACCGCUCGCCCCGGCUUGGCCCGUGGGCUGUGGCAGAGCCCUGUGCCUUGUGUCUGUGCUGGGCCCAGAGUCAGAGGGCGGCCCCUCCCUCGGGCUGAGCUGAGAGAAGUGAGCGCAGGGCUGGGUCCUGGGAGUCCUCAUGCGACUCUAUGUCACCGUGAAACCCUGGCCUGGAGGCGGCACCAUUUCCUCGCUGGCUCAGCUUUCCUGCCCGCUGCCCCCCCCCCCCCCCCCACACACACACAUGCUCCUGCUCCAGACGCUCAUCUCUGCAAACAGACGGGCCACUGUCCGGGAGCCCUGUGGACUCCGAUGCCACCGCCACCCACAGGGCCACCGCUCAGCUCCGGACAGGGUGCAACGCAGCCCCCCACAGGAGCCAGGGCCAGGAAGUGACGGUCUGGGCCUCACAUAGGGGCCCGCCUCAUCCCGCUGCACAGCUGUCCAGGCCCGGGAUGCCCUCCGUCCCCUUGAGAGUAUUGGACUGAGGAGCCCAGGAAAAGCCACCAGGGACAGGCUCAUCCCCCCCUUGUUGGGUACUCAGGCAACUCCCAUAAGUCUCUCUGAGCCUCAGCCUAUUCAUCUGUCAAAUGGGGUAGUAUGUGCCCCACCCACAUCAGGGUGUGGUUUUGAGGACCAGAGCGCCGCCUAAACCGCAGUCACUCUUGUUGACAUGCAUUUAUUUAUUCCUUCAACAAGUCGUUUUGACUCUCUACUACCUAUGAUGCACGGAGAUCCAGUAACACAGGAAACUUACUAGGAUUCCAGAGGGCGAGGGGCAAUAGACAGAGAAUUGACACAGAGCAGCGGGUCCAGGAGGACUUCCCUGCCUGAGGAGGUAAAAUUUGGCCUGAGGGCCAGAGAAUGAGAAAGGGGCUGCCACCUGAGAUCUGGAAGGAGAACAUUCCGGAGAGAGAGCAGCAAGGGCCAAGGCCCCAGGUGAGGAUGAGCUUGCUGUGUUCUAGGAACAGAGGAAGGACAUUCAUUUACCUGAGCACUCAGAGCUGCUGUCCCUGGGCCGGGGAAGGGAGCCCCGCCUCCUGGGUGGCUCCUUGAGCCGCUGCUGACUGGCCACCAGGGGGCAGCAGUGCCCUCUCGUUCGGGCUGAGCGGAAAGGAGAUGCUCCAAAGACGCUUGAAGAGCGGGCUCUGGGUAGGUCAGGGAUUCCGGGGGGCAGGAGAAGCCCAGUUUCCUAAGCUUAGUAAGAAGUGGGCAAAGCUGCAACCUCAGUGAUUCAAGCAAGAAGCCCCCAUCAGUGACAAAUGUUAGAAUGAGGGGCCUCAAGAGCUCAUGGAUUCUCUGUCUCUACGGAGUCUAAGGCCAUCAUCUUUCUUCUGGCUGCAGAGAGUAGACAGCGCUCUCUCCAAGGAGGUGGCCAAGAUGGCCUCCUGGCCACAGAAGUCUCCUGUCUACACAGAAGUAUCCUUCCUGCGCUGCAAGCAGAGCUGGCGACCUUAGUCCAUGACUUUUCAGUGUCCCCUGACCCUGAAAAGGUAGGGAGUGGGGGCAGUCAGAGAGAGAGUCAGGAGCCCCUGCUCCCCUCCCCAGCUGUGGAGUAAAAACUGGCUUGUCCCGGGCAGUAGCAUGGACCCAGCAUGGGGGCCAGUGGCCUGGAGCCCAGCUGUGUCCGUGUCUUUCCCGGGCUGGCAUUCUGCACCCCACUCGGCUCUCCUGGGGGUCAGAGGGGCUGUGGGCUGGAGGUAUGGAGUGUGGGAGUGUGUGCAGCAGCUCAGGCACCACAAAAGACACGUGGACCGUUUCUGAAUGUGUACAACAAAUAAUAAAUGUGU